GCUGGUAUGGACCCGGAAGAGUGGGGAAAACUAUUGCGUUUCUAUACGAGGGAUGACCGGGUCAAGCGGGCCGAGACAAACAAGACAAACCGGUCCAAACAGGCGGUGGGGACUCAGGGUCGGCGAUCUAUUUCUCUUGCCCACGAUCGGGCGUUGGCCAAGCACCAUAACGAAAAUAAGGAGGGGCCACCGCCCACGUGGGAGUCGACUUGGGCGGCAACCCACAGACUACAACCUCCGGAAGUUGCGUCCCGUCUGGAAGCUGCGCAGGUGAGACAUUCACAGGAUCCUGCACCGACACCUCCAACCCAGUUGUUCCCGGAAGCGUUUGGAUCGCGAUCGGGACAUCAGCGUGGACUAGGGAGGAUUCUCAGGGGUUUCGGAUCCCAUGAUUUCCCUGUUGAGUUGCCGCAACCACAUUAUGGACCUCCGGAAGGCCAAUCUGGAUCCUCCUCCGGCCCGUCUGGAUCCUAUUCUGGCCCCUCUGGAUCCCAACCUUCCGGCUACUAUGUUGACUUGAACCAGCCUGGUGAUGAGUAUUUCGACCCCCGCCAGUUAUGGGAUGGGACAUCGGCGCAUUAUAGACCUCCAUCAGGGGAAUUUGGUAGCUUGUCGGAUAUGAGUGGAUUUUUUAGUGGAACAGGCUCUGUAUCCGGACCAGGUGUGGGUGAUGAUAAUGCCGGUGAGGACGACGACGGUUCCGGUGAUUAG